CUCUCUCCCUCGCUCCUUCAAUCUCCAGUCUGCUUCUGUUGUCUCGGCGGCUGGUAGGGUCUGGGAGAGAGGAUCUCGCGAGUCUUGGAGUUUUGGUGAGAGUUUGUGGAAGAUGGCGCCUGUUGUGACAGGGAAGUUUGGGGAGCGCCCUCAACCACAGCGCCUGACAAGAGAAGCCAUGCGAAAUUACCUGAAGGAACGAGGAGACCAAACCGUGCUCAUCCUCCACGCUAAAGUUGCACAGAAAUCGUACGGCAAUGAAAAAAGGUUUUUCUGUCCUCCCCCAUGUGUGUAUCUGAUGGGCUGUGGAUGGAAGAAGAAGAGAGAGCAGAUGGAACGGGACGGCUGCUCGGAGCAGGAGUCUCAGCCCUGCGCCUUCAUCGGCAUCGGCAACAGCGAUCAGGAGAUGCAGCAGCUAAACUUAGAGGGCAAGAACUAUUGCACAGCCAAAACAUUAUACAUCUCCGACUCCGACAAAAGGAAGCACUUCAUGCUGUCAGUAAAGAUGUUCUACGGCAACAGCGCAGACAUCGGCGUCUUCCUCAGCAAGAGAAUAAAGGUCAUCUCCAAACCUUCGAAAAAAAAGCAGUCCCUCAAAAAUGCCGACCUCUGUAUAGCAUCAGGAACGAAAGUGGCGUUAUUUAACCGGCUUCGCUCACAAACGGUCAGCACACGUUACCUGCACGUAGAGGGAGGAAACUUUCACGCCAGCUCACAGCAGUGGGGAGCCUUCUUCAUCCACCUCUUGGAUGAUGAAGAGUCGGAGGGAGAGGAGUUCACUGUGCGAGACGGCUACAUUCACUACGGCCAAACUGUCAAACUCGUGUGCUCUGUGACUGGCAUGGCUCUUCCUAGACUGAUCAUCCGUAAAGUGGACAAGCAGACCGCCUUGCUGGAUGCAGAUGAUCCCGUCUCACAGCUGCAUAAGUGUGCCUUUUUCCUGAAGGAUACGGAGAGGAUGUACCUGUGCCUUUCUCAAGAGAGGAUCAUCCAAUUUCAAGCUACUCCAUGCCCAAAGGAACCAAAUAAAGAGAUGAUAAAUGAUGGUGCCUCCUGGACAAUCAUCAGCACUGAUAAAGCAGAAUACACGUUCUAUGAGGGCAUGGGCCCUGUACACACCCCCGUCACACCUGUGCCUGUGGUCGAGAGCUUACAGUUAAAUGGGGGAGGAGAUGUAGCGAUGCUGGAGCUGACAGGACAGAACUUCACUCCAAGUCUGCGCGUAUGGUUCGGUGACGUAGAGGCUGAAACUAUGUACAGGUGCGGGGAGAGCAUGCUGUGCGUCGUCCCAGACAUCUCUGCGUUCCGCGAGGGCUGGCGGUGGGUUCGGCAGCCGGUGCAGGUCCCCGUAACGCUGGUCCGAAACGACGGCAUCAUCUACUCCACGACGCUCACGUUCACAUACACUCCCGAACCCGGUCCCCGUCCUCACUGCAGCGUGGCCGGCGCCAUCCUACGAACGGGCAACACCAGCUUGCUUUCCACGACCGGCAACAUCGCGGGAGUGACCGGAGAAACGACACCCUACGGCUCCAACAGCACGUCUAACGCCGUCACAGCGUCGUCCUCUAACGCAGCCGCGGCUGUGGUGUUAUAACACACGCAGCAGUGCUCACAAACUCACUAAGAGCUAUGCGUGAAAACAGAAGACUAUAAACUGUUUGUAAAAGUGCUGCGUAUUGAAUUUCAAAAUCAAGGGAUGGACGGGCAAAAAAGGCUAAACUUGUGGCGAGGACAACAUUUUUGAGAGAUGGUUCUCCUGUGCCCUCUUGUGGUUUUUCUCUAAGGAGCCGGUUUGGUGCUAGCAAUAGACAAUGCCUGAGAGGAAACACCAGCACCUGAGACAAGACCACAGCAAUGAUACAUCAGCCGACUAGUCUCCUACGUUUCUUCCUUCCGCCCUGUGUGUGUGCGAUUGGGUGAGAUGUAUCAUAGCCUGGGAGGUCGAAACUCUUAGGAAAAGGGUCACAUUAAAAUUGUGAGUUGACGGUUUUUAUGGACCAAGGAUAUUGUAUAAGCUUUAGUAAAGGUACAUUUCCCCCCCCCCCCCCUCCAUACCUUUUUUAUAUCGAACAUUAUAGUACGCUUUUGUUACCAAAUAGGUUCUAUUCCUCCUCUGAGCUUCACCUUUUUUAUUUUUUGUUUUUCUGUAUAUAGAUGGUUUCAUAUACAUAUGUUCGCUUGGACUCCUUCAGUUUUGAUACUUUGUAUUUUGUAAUACCGUCCUUUUUCUUUUACAUGCGGUUUUAGUUUCAUUGCCAUUUGGGAGGAACUCAGAGGGCCUGUUUUUUUUUUUUUUUUAUCAUUCGUUUUUAUGAAGUCUUUAAAAAGAAAAGAGCUUUAAGCAAUGCGUCUGCCUUGCCUUGCAUUACAAUAUGCGCUACGCUUCCUUUGAGCAUUUCAUCAUCGAUCGAUGUGUCUAAAUCUCACAAAAAGGAACAAUGCCAUCUUUCUAUGUCUUAUUUGGGAAUAUAAACCAGAAAACACAAUAUAGAGGCUUUGGAUGCAACGUGUCUCCGGUAGCUAUAGUGCAGUUCAUUUGCUCUAGGGCGCACAUACGGUUCUCACAUAUCAAUUUCAGAAAGUUCACAGUAGUUGGAUAUUUGUAACGGUCAAGUUCUGACCCGAGUUUAGACUUAGUGCCGUUUUAUAAUGUUUCCUUUCUAAAAAUCAAUUUGUUUGUCUUCCUGAACAUCCAUUUGCAGUUUCUAAAAUUUGAAAUGCUCUCGAAAACGGAUGAUUUGGAGACGUGCUCUACCAUUAGAUGUGGCCUUACUGGAACAAAGGUUCCCGCUUUAGUUCACCCCUUCAAAAGGAGGUCAACAAACGCGAUCCGAGGAACCACGCCUUGCAUUUUGAACAUUUUACAUGCGAUUUUUGAUAUUUAAACUCCCUAAACUUUAAUUUUUUUUUCGUUCUGAUUUCGAAGAUCUAAAUGUGUAAUAGAUACGAACAUACCCAAAGAUAUUAUAUUGCAUUGUUGUCUCUGUUUUUUGAAUAUUUGAAGAGUAUGUUGAGAAUUGUGGCCUCUCGCACACCAAAAGUAGGAAGCUUUACUUCGUUGGUCAUUGAUGUGUUUAUCGUGGCCUUGGUGUCUCACCAACUAGUAGAUUUCCAGACAGCAACAUAGUGUCGGCCCACAUCGGGUACACUUUGAUUUUCACUUUGAUAUGGGCCAACACUAUGUUACUGUCUGAGCUAGUAUUAAUGACAAAAAUAAUAAUAAUAAAAAAAAAAACUAGCUGUAAUGAACCCAUCAACCAGCACUAAUAGUGUUUUGUGACUUUCUUUUUUAUGUACAGUAAUUUAACUUUUGAAUUUUAUGCAUCCAUUUGUAAAAAAAAAAAAAAAAAAAAAAACGUUAAGAAAAAAAAAAGAACAAAAAAGAGAAACAAUUCAGCCAUUUUUUUUUUCUUCAUACUUAUGUGGCUCUUAACCCAGUUAUGUCCUUGGUGUUUCCCAUCAAAACUGUUGGGUGUUUAGUGUCCGAGUUUGUCCUUACCUUGUAUGCUAAUGUCCGGAUAGCAAAUGGACAUUGUGGGACUAGAAAUAUGAAUGGCCUUUAAAUGUGUGUCUCAAAUGUGUAAGCAUACAGCAAUACUGUAUAGGUCACUUGGUCUUGGUCACUUGUGUCUUGGUCUGUGGAAAUAGCCACUGAUUUUUCACCAGCCUGAUCCACAACAUAUGUGGUCAUGAAGAACAGAGUCAUAUUCACUUUCCUUUACACUUCUACUUUCUCUUCUUCAUACUAAUUUAAUCCGACACCUUUUUUUGCGUGGAUCCUGCACUGUCUUCCUUACUUGGAAAAUCUGUAGUGUAGUACAAGUAGGCAACCCAUGAAAUAAGGCAAUACUCCAGCAUUGUUGGCCUAUAAUGUAGUUUAUUUCGGGAAAACUGUAACUUGAAUGUUUCUGCAAAAAAAAAACCUAAAAAAAAAAACCUAAAAAAAAAAAAA